AUCUUUAAAUUGUUAACAAUUAUGUAGUAAGUUUUUAAUGAUCUGGGACUAUUAGAAUUUAUUGUAUGGGUGAAGUUGAACAUCUUUUCAUUGGAUUGUUAUUUACUAUAACCCUUGUCUAUAUUCCUAGUAUAUAUGUUCUGUUUUUACUUCCCUUAUUGUAUUGUCCUUAGAUUUUUGGGCCUCUCAUUUUUCUAAAGCAUGUGUUCUCCUACUGCUCUGACCUUCUCUAUCAACAUUUGCUGUGUGUUUCCAGUGCUGAAGUUGCUGAAAGAUGGCAGAAGAAGUGGUGGUGGUAGCGAAAUUUGACUAUGUGGCUCAGCAAGAACAAGAGCUGGACAUCAAGAAGAAUGAGAGAUUAUGGCUUCUGGACGAUUCCAAGUCCUGGUGGAGAGUUAGAAACUCCAUGAAUAAAACUGGUUUUGUGCCUUCUAACUAUGUAGAAAGGAAAAACAGCGCUCGCAAAGCAUCUAUUGUAAAAAACCUGAAGGAUACUCUGGGCAUUGGAAAAGUGAAAAGGAAACCCAGUGUGCCGGAUUCUGCAUCUCCUGCUGAUGAGAGCUUUGUCGACCCUGGGGAGCGUCUCUAUGACCUCAACAUGCCUGCUUACGUGAAAUUUAACUACAUGGCUGAGAGAGAGGAUGAAUUAUCAUUGAUAAAAGGGACGAAGGUGAUCGUCAUGGAGAAAUGCAGCGAUGGGUGGUGGCGGGGUAGCUACAAUGGGCAAAUUGGUUGGUUUCCUUCGAACUAUGUAACUGAAGAAGGUGACAGUCCUUUGGGUGACCAUGUGGGUUCUCUAUCAGAGAAAUUAGCAGCAGUCGUCAAUAACUUAAACACUGGACAAGUGUUGCAUGUGGUACAGGCUCUUUACCCAUUCAGCUCGUCCAAUGAUGAAGAACUCAAUUUUGAGAAAGGAGAUGUAAUGGAUGUUAUUGAAAAGCCUGAAAAUGACCCAGAAUGGUGGAAGUGCAGGAAGAUGAAUGGAAUGGUUGGUCUGGUGCCAAAAAACUAUGUUACCAUCAUGCAGAAUAAUCCGUUAACCUCAAAUCUGGAACCAUCGCCUCCGCAGUGUGAUUAUAUUCGGCCUUCACUCACUGGAAAAUUUGCUGGCAACCCUUGGUAUUAUGGCAAAGUCACCAGGCAUCAAGCAGAAAUGGCAUUAAAUGAAAGAGGACAUGAAGGAGAUUUCCUCAUUCGUGAUAGUGAAUCUUCGCCAAAUGAUUUCUCCGUGUCACUAAAAGCACAAGGGAAGAACAAGCAUUUUAAAGUCCAGCUCAAAGAGACUGUCUACUGCAUUGGGCAGCGUAAAUUCAGCACCAUGGAAGAACUUGUAGAACAUUAUAAAAAGGCACCAAUUUUUACAAGUGAACAAGGAGAAAAAUUGUAUCUUAUCAAGCAUUUAUCAUGAUACUGCUGCUCAGAAGUGACUGCCAUACAGCUUUAAUUCAUCAUGUAAUUGAAGACUGAGAACGUGUUGGUCCAGUCAUACUUGAUUGGAAUUGCUGUUUCUAACUGCGCGAGAAACUGAUAUACAUAAGUAUUUUUAUUAUAACUCAGCUCAUACACAUAUACUAUGUAUGCAGUGCAUUCACAUA